AUGUCUACCUGGAGAAAAGCCGGAUUCUCGUUCAACAAGUACUUGCAAAUCGCUGCUCAGACCACCAGAAACGCUCUCAAGCCAGAGUUGCAAACAAACCAGGUCCUUGCAAGGGGCAAAUCUGAGGCAAAGGUGAUCAAAUACACCGAUGGUGUCGCUGCGGAGCCAGUGCCAUUGAAGAAAUAAAAGUCUCUAUCAUAAAAAUAUUCCCUCCCUGUUCUCUGUGUCCAGUAUAUAUGCUAAGACGGGGGGACGGGUGAUUUGAACACAGCAAAUACACACGCUCAACGACACAGGUUUCUCGACACGAUAUGGUUUCUCUUAGAUAUUCAAAAGACGAAUCGCAACGUCUUGUUUAUGGCUG